GAACGAGCUGUAAACUUCGUGCAAAAAUCAAUAUAGACUACAACCAGACGGCCGUGGUUCACAAACACGGCAGACCUGAGAGAAAAGUGUCUUAAGACAACUCACGCCUACGGAACGGAACUGCUGCAGAAUCAGGAUGCCUCUCAACGCUGGCGCUUCACUUUAUCGACGGUCCCUGAAACUGGCCCUUGAUUGGGCCGUUCACCGCCAUAUCUGGAGAGGACAAGCUGUGUAUAUCCGCUCACUUUUCGAAGCCAACAAAGAUGUCCGCGAUCCCCGUCAGCAGAAGGUACUGCUUCAAGAGACAGAGAAGCUCCUAGAGACAUGGAAACACCCUGACCCUUACCGUGCACCUACGGCCCCGGGUGGCAGCAAGUACGAGAGAAACAUUCCCGCCCCUCAAUUGCCCCUUGCUUCGGACAGCUCGGCACACUGAGUAUGACUGCAGCUCCUUUGCGCAGUUAUCUUGUAUUCCUAGGUCCAUAGAUGAGAAUAAAUUGAC